CCAAGGUCCCAGCAUCAGUAACGAAACGACCCAGCCAACAGUGAAGUCUUUGAGUUGGAUAGCCACAGAAACAUCUCUCUCUCUCCCUCUCAGCGUGUGCAGUAUGGAUUUCGUGUUUAGAGCCCUGUUCGUGCAGUUCCUCGCACUCGGGCUGCUGGUGCCGCUCGUGCGGCCCCAAACCGGAGGGACCGACUGCAACGGCAAAGACUACCUGUGCCUGGACGAUGUUCGGUUUCAGCUGUGCGUAGACUAUGGCAACGGCCGCCCGACGACGGUCAACGACGAGGUGCAGCAGUGCCCGGCCGGGACCUUCUGCAGCAACAGCGGUCACUUCGAGUGUGACUCGUUCGUGCCACCGUCAACGACGGCCGCGCCCCAAGUUGGCGAUGCUGAACCGGCUACGGAACCCACCGAGAGUGCGCCGGAAGUGGUGGAAGAAGAGGCCACGCUGCCUCCAGCUGAGGAGGUCGCACCGGAGGCACCAGAAGCCACUACGGUGGCCCCGGAAGUGGCCCCGACGGUGGAAGCCACGGAGGUACCCGAGCAGACCCAGGAACCCCAGGAGUCUACCGUAGAACCGUCGGAGCCGGAAACAGAGGCUUCGUCGGACCAACCAGCCACCACCGAAGCGGAGACGGAGACCGAAGCAGCACCGGAGUCGAGCGUUCCCCCGACGGAAUCGUCAUCGCAAUCAAGCGAGCCUGAGGAACCGGAAGUUACCGAGGGCGAAACACCGGAAGCAACGGAUGCACCGGCACCAGAACAGACGACAGCAACGCCCGAAGCCUCUCCGGAGCCUGAACCCCAGGAGCCAACGGAACAGGUCACGGAGGCCGAGGAGGAGGCUACGGCAGCACCGACCACCACCAGCACCACCGAUGAGCCGGCAACCGAAGGAUCGCCAUCGACGGGCACUUCCGACGAACCGACGGACUCCGAUCAGGCGUCCGAAGUUCCCUCGACGGAGCCCGUCACCGAUGAGGCCGAAGUACCCGAGGCCAGCCCCACGGAGUCUGCACCGGAAACGACCGAAUCCGUGGCCACUUCGGAGGCUCCAGCUGGCUCCGGCUCCGGCUCCGGCUCGGACGAGAGUGGCUCGUCCGGCUCUGGCCAAGACUCCGAGGAACCGUCGGGCGAGUCGGCCGGAUCGGGCUCGAACGAAGCAACGACUGUUGCCGCUCCAGUCGCCGUGCCGGAGCCCUUCGUCUGCCAGACGGCGGGCCGAUUCCCGCACCCCAACGACUGCCACAAGUACUUCAUCUGCUUCUGGCUCCCGUUCGGACUGUACAACCUCGAGCAAAGCUGCCUGCCCGGGUUCGCCUACAACCCGACGCUGGAGCGCUGCACCGCGGACCAGAGCGUUUGCUUCCCGGGCCAGUUCACGUGCACCGCGCCCGGCCGCUUCCCGGACCCGGCCAGCCCGACCAGCUACUUCUGGUGCGUCUGGAACGUGCUCGGUGGCUACGUCCAGUACAACCUCCAGUGUCCGCUCGGCCAGGUGUUCAACCCGUUCCGGGGGCGCUGUGCGUUCGUCGUAGCCGGUCGCUCCCUUCCGGUCGGUGAGCCACUUCCGGUCGGCGAGGAGGAAGCCGUCGCCGCCGCAGCCGCCGCUGAGCCCGCCUUCGUGGAGCCGCUCGAGCCGGUCGACGGAACCCAGGCCCCGGCGCUGAAGGUCAAGUUCGAGUGCCUCGAGGAGGGCACGUUCGCCGAUCCCAACAACUGUAGCCGCUACUUCGUGUGCACCCUGAAGAAGCUGGACAAGUUCAAGAAGAGCAAGUUCAAGUGCGUCACGGGCGAACGCUUCGACGCCCUGGUCGGUGGCUGCGUUCCCGACGUCGACGCGCUUUGCGAGUGAGUCCUGCAGAAGGUGUACCGCCGUAGUCAGGUUACUUUAAGGGGCCAAUAAAGCACACGGCGCCUAUUUAUUACCGAUGCAACUUAGAA